AUGGAUGAAGACGGGGUGAGGAGACGCUUACUCUUAGAUGGAUGUGAUUGGAUUAAGUUCGAGAUGAACGUACCCCAUUCUAGUCAUAUGGGUGGGGUAUGGGAGAGGAUGAUCCGAUCAGCUAGAAACGCGCUGUCUGCACUACUUGUUACUCACGGAGACCGAUUGGAUGACGAAAUGCUGCGAACAUUGAUGGUUGAGGCUGAAGCCAUCGUAAACAGUCGCCCAUUGACGUGUGUAGAUACCAACUCGCCUGACACACCGGAGCCAUUAAGUCCCAGCCAGCUGCUUACAAUGAAGACAAGGGACAUCAUGCCGCCACCAGGCAACUUUCAACGAAACGACAUCUACUGCCGUCGCCAAUGGAGGCGUGUACAAUAUCUAGCAAACGAGUUUUGGUCUCGCUGGCGGAAGGAAUUCUUGCCAACACUACAGGAAAGGAGAAAAUGGACCAAGUCGUGGCCAAGCCUGGCCAUAGGUGACAUCGUGUUGGUUAUCGAUGACGGAGUCGCAAGGUGUAACUGGCCAAUGGGGAGAGUAUUGGAGACGUUUCCUGGGAAGGACGGACUCGUUAGGAAGGCACGCAUACAGGCUGGACAGUCAGUUUUGGAUCGCCCUGUUCACAAGUUGAUCUUGCUGCUGAAACCAGCUACGCCAUCUGUUGUUGAGGAUAAUACGGACAAUUGGGACUGA